AUGCGCACCUUCCACUACACCCUCGGCCUGGGCCUAGCCCUGGCCCUCCUCCUGGUGGCGGCCUUGACUGUGCAGGCCCAGUCGGGCGUGCCCGGCACCGUGCUACUCGACGACUACCCCGGCGCGACCGACGACGACAAGCUCACGGCUGCGCUGGCCGACGUCAAGACCAAGACCUACAUCCCGGCCAUCUUGCUCAGCGGCCGCACCUACACCUUCACCAAGACCCAGACGCGCGUCAACUUGAACGUCGGUACGGGAGUGAACUCGUGGUUCGUGGGAACAGCUACGACCUACGACGUCUACAUCGCGCGCAUCGGCUUCGCCUCGUCCAACGGCAACUCGCAGUUCUGGCACCACCCACUCAGCGCCGGCACCAUCUACGCCUCGACCUUCGAGACGCUCGGCUUCUUCGGUUUCAAGUACGUCUUCGGCAACCCCACCGAAAAGUGCGCCAUCACCCAGGUCAACUUUGUGGGCCAGUGGACGGCGGUGCCGUCGCUGGACACGGCCUUCACGCUCGGCGGAUCAGACAACGAGCUGUGGACCUCCGGCUACCUCAACAUCGGCGGCGGAUCGCGAACCAACGGGCGGUACCUGCUGCGUUUCGAAAGCCUGAGCAAGACCAACGUGGGUCCCAUCUACGUGACGGCGCACAACGGCUGGUCGGGCCUCCUCGUCACCGGCUCCGACUCAAACGGCCCUGGCCUCGUCAUCAACGGCGCCCGCUUCGAAGGAAUGAACGCGAACGACCCGUCCAGCGGUGCCGUAGUGGUGCAGAAGGGCGGAAAGACCAUCUACCGCGACGUCUGGAUCGCCUACGGCAUGACCAACCCCACCGCCAACGGCCACACUCCCGUCGAUCAGGGCAUGAUUAUGCACACGGGCGGCGAGGCGCUGUGGGACGGCAUCAACUACGAUCGCGCCACCGGCGUGUCGCAGGCCGUGCCGCUCAUCUACGCCAGCGGCGGCAAGGUGCGCGUGCGCAACACCUUCACCGCGGCCAAGGGCGGCGUGUGGACCGCGUUGCCCAUCGUCAAGAGGGCCGGCUCCGCCGUCUACAACCUCGACGACACAGUCACCGAGACCAUCUAA